UAAAUUCUUUUAAUUCCAGAGGACGCGGAAGAAAGAAGAUUAAUUUCUUUGUCGUCUGUCAUCGUCUGGCCAUUUUAUCUGAAAAUAGUCAUCACGUGACGCUAUGUGCAGGGGACGUUACUCUCGAAUGUUUACUUCAGCGGAAAGACCUGGCACAUGGUGCGUACCGCGGAGAUCCAUAGCAGACGUGGACCUUACUUCGUUUCAAAGAAAUUACAAAUUUGACUCAUGGAAUCCCCGUUUUUACAUCACGCAUCUUUUUGUGGAAAUGGUAGAGGAGGAAUGAACAUAAACAACAACAACAGGGGAAACUUUGAUCCGAGAGGACGGCGCGGGUUCGGACCUCCUCGGGGCGCCAACAAUUUUGUUCAGCCUCCGAUGGUACCGCACUUCCACCAGCAGUGGUCAGGUACAGACAUGAGACCACAGAGGCCGCACCAAGGGUUCGGUCCAGGUCCAGAUGGUCCAGGAAGUUAUGGUAACCAGGGUGGAAGGCCGCAACCCAACAUGAUUUGGAGCGACCCAAGUUUAUUCCAGCCCCGUCCUUUCGGUCGUGGUAGUUACCAAGGUGGACCUCCACGUAUGCCGGUAUCUUAUGGUGGAGAAACCCCCAAGGGGUCGGGAUCUGAUGGAUGUGGUUACGGCAGAGGAGGAUUUGUAAGAGGAAGAGGACGAGGAAACAGACAUCAUUCGCAGCAAGACAAAAGCGGGGGCAUGCAGAACCGUCAACAAAACAACUUUCAGUCUCAGAAGAAGAAAGCGGAUAAGCGAGACCUUCCAGAGAACAAUAAGUUUCACUGUGAAGUAUGUGACAGGGGCUUCAAGAACGAAGUGGAAUAUGAUAAUCAUAAUGCUCAGCAUCAGCAGUGCUCAGUAAAAGGCUGUCGCUAUGUUGCUGUCCCCAAGCUGCUACAACUUCACUAUCAAACACAACACAGAACAGGGGUUGCCAAAGAAAUCUGGUCAAUAGAAUCACCAGAAGAGAUAGAAAAAUGGAAACAAGAGAGAAGGAAAAAUUUCCCUACCAAAGAGAACAUCUUGAAGAAAAGGCAGUUGGAAUCAGAGAAGAGAGAGAGGGGUGAAGUGGUGGAGACAAAACAGUUUGGGAAAUUUCGAAACCAAGGCAACAGAAGAGGGAGAGGUCAUCAGAGGAACAGGGGUCAUCAAGAUAGACGUGGUUUCCCACACCAAGCUGGCUUCAGGGAUCGAACUGCAGAUGUAGCCUUAGGCAAACCAGAUGAUGUGGCAGGUGUUAGCCACAAGACACAUCUCUCUCCAGAGGAGAAGGCAAGGGUGGCCAGUGAAACAACCUCCUCACCACAGUCCAAGAAACGACAGGUCAGUAGUGUGACAGAUGCAGCAGAUGAGCUAGUAGGCGUGGGCAGUGAUCCUCUCUCUCUUCUUAUUGAUGGUAAGUCAGACAAUGAAACUGAUGACAGCGAUGUGCCUGUUGAAACAAGUGUGAGACCAGACCAGAUGGGGAAGAGUGGUCUGGCAAAUCUCAUGUCUUCAUACCAGUCGGAUGAUGAAGAAAACUCUAAGAAUGCUGCUGAUGUAGCAGCAGCAGCUGGCAAAGGAGCAGAACAGGUGGUUAACACAAAAGAAGAACUAACUGAGAUUACAGAGGUAGCAACUCCUAGCACCAAGCCUGCCACCACAAGACAGACAUGUAAGAGAUCUCAUUCAGCAGCAUCAUUGAACAAGGGCAAACAACUGAACAAGAAGAAAAAGACUUUUCAUAAAGCAACUUUGCUUGAAAAGCUACUGAAAAAUGACAUCCGCCAUGAGAGAAAUGUAAUCCUACAGUGUGUCUACUUUAUUGUCAAGAAUAGAUUCCUGGAUGUAUGUAAUGGAAAUUGAUAUUAACCUUAUACUUCUGUGACCUCACUGCACUAGGUAUGGUUAUAAUGCAUGUGUAAGAGAGAGAGAGAAAGAGAAAAUACAAUUCCUUUUCAGAAACUUUACCACUUUAUGAAUUUUGCUCAAAAUGCACUAUAGAGCAAAUUGCUUGACUGAUGAAUUGUGGUUUUAAAAAAUAAAUGUCAUACACUUUCUGCCAUUUGCAUUCAUUUUUUUUUUUCAAAAGGUGACAUCAAAAGUCAGCUAAAAUGCAUAGAAAAUGUCUAGAUUACUGUUAGGCCUUUGCCAUCCAGCUCAUGGAAUAACAUAUAAUUGACCUCUGGAAUUCUGUCAGUUUACAGAUAAUGUUAAAUGAAGAUGGGUAGCAUUCAAUUUUUUCUUCAAAUAUCAGCUUUUCUUCCGGCAAUUCAAUCAGCAAAAAGAAAACAAAACAAAAAUAAAAAUCAGAAAGAAUGCUUUAUGUAACCUACAUCCAUUUAUUUUUAACUUUGUACUUUUGUCUUCAUCAUACGUUAAAUUUCACACAAAAAAAAAAGCUUUUAAAUGUAGCUUAUAUUUCACACCAAGGGUUAAUGCAAACAUAAUGCUCUCAAAAACAAUACAUUCGCUCCUGCUAUAAACUGUUUAAUGGUGGUUCAUAAAGAAUGUAUAUUUAUAAAACCAAAUUAAAGGCAGCAAUGUAAGUGAAUAUAAGGGGGGCUUUGUGCAUGCUCACAAUAUCAACUUGUGCACUUGUGUCCUAAUACCUUUAAAAGGAACAUAUUACUUGGGAUUUAUGGACUUUUUGAUGAUGAUAAAUUACUACAGGAUAUUGCACGCAGUCAUUGUUGUUCAUGGUGUAACUUCAGCUGCCAGAAAAAAAAUGACAGUAGAAAGAUGUUCGGUCAAAACUGAUUAAGUUUCGAGUUAAGCAAAUGACAAAACACUCCACAAAAC